AAUUUUACGAUAACCUAAAACGAAGGAAACAAGCGUGGUGUGCAAAAUUAUGUAUCACAAAGUUCCAGAGUCUGUAGUGACAUUUUGAAAAUUUAAUAGUGAAAAGUGCUGUUAGUUUCUUGAGCCAGUUACUGUACCAGCCAUCAAAUUAGUAUAAACCGUAUCAAAGAUCCAGUUCGUCGUUAAACAUGUAUAAAGAUUCAGGAACUAAUUUCGCCUCUCUAAGUCCGACCGAAAUUAAACAGUGGUUGGAGUCGUUCGACACGGUGCUAACUGACUGUGAUGGUGUUAUUUGGGUAGACAAUAAUCCGCUGCCACAGGCGACGGAUGUAAUCAAUAAGCUAGUUGGAAAUGGAAAACAGCUCUUUUUUGUGACGAACAAUUCCACCAAGACGCGACCUGAGUUCGUAGAUAAAUCUGUCAAGCUGGGGUUCAAUGUUGGCAUAGAGAACAUUAUCUCCACUGCCUAUCUGGCGGCGCAAUACUUAAAGGCUAAAAGCUUUACCAAAAAAGUAUAUGUGAUAGGGUCGACCGGAAUUACACGGGAGUUGGACGCGGUCGGCAUUCGGCACAUUGGAAUUGGGCCGGACAACCUGCAAGGUAGCUUGGCAGAAGCUGUCCGUGGAUUCACACCGGAUCCGGAGGUCGGGGCAGUCAUUGUGGGCUUCGAUGAACAUUUUAGUUUCGUCAAGAUAAUGAAAGCAGCCUCUUAUUUGAAUAAUCCAGAAGUUUUAUUCAUCGGAACCAACACGGACGAACGGUUUCCCAUGCCGGAUUGUGUUAUUCCCGGUACGGGCGCUAUCGUGAAUGCGGUUACAACCUGUGCCGAACGGUUACCGACGGUAAUGGGCAAACCGAACAAAUACAUCUGCGAUAUCCUUGAGCAGCAGUACAAUGUGAAUCCAACGCGUACGCUUAUGAUCGGUGAUCGCUGUAAUACGGAUAUUUUGCUUGGCAAGAAUUGUGGUUUCCAAACGCUACUGGUAGAAACGGGUAUUCACAAGGCUGCUGAUGUGAAGCAAUUUGCACAGUCGGAUGAUCAGGAAACAAGAAAGCUGGUGCCAGACGUGUAUGCUGGCAAGUUGGGAGAUCUGUUGCCGUAUCUCUAAUUGUAUCUAGUGAAUUAACGCAGAGUAGCUUAAAUACGCUUUUUUACUAAUGGUUAGUCAAAUAAAAUGACAAUGAGCAUGUAAUCAAAA